CCUUUGUCCCUUUUACCUUUUUUGUUUGCUAUUUUCAAAUGACAGACCCAAGCGGCAGCGGAGGAGACGCGGGCGAGCAGAGCCAGCUCAAUGUCGAGUAUAUUCUGCUGGCAGAAUUCGACAUUGACAGGGGAGCUAUUCUCAAGCACCAGUACCCUCGUCCCACAGGGGCGGAUGACUCGCAUUUGGCCGAGCUCAUGUUGCCGGACGGUGCGCAUGCCCGCGAAAGCGACUGGACAAUGUUCUUCCUCAACCAGAAGGCGCCAGACGAAACCGGCAAAGUGACGCAGGAAGGACCGCCUUUGCUGUAUGUGCUGAACCUGGUGCGUACUAAGCACGACAAGGAGGUGCGUCGCGGCGCCAUAGUCAAGGCCAUGGCGGUCUGCACGCGACACCGGUUCAUCCACAUCUACCAGGCCAUCCUAAUGCUGGCCUUGGAGAACUACUACCGCUCGCCAACUGUCGACACGCUGGCGGAGCUGUUCGCGUCGGUUAACGCCAUGGACCUCACAUGCAUGCCGCAGCUGAGCCGGCAUGAAAUCACCAUCCUGCGGUUCUCCGACGACCAGAACAUGUUCGAGGAGCGGUUCAUUGAGCUUGAGGACGAGAAGAAGAUGCUGGAGAGCCUGACGCGCGACUCGGAGCGGCUCGAAAUUGCUAAGGACUCGGCAUUGGCCGAGCUAGCGCCGUCGAAUGACGAGUCUAGUGGCACGUCGGCACGGCGCGGCACCGUCUCAGAUACAGCGGCGCCAGGCCGCAUGCGCAUGCCGUCGACGCGCAACAAGGACCGGCGGUUCUUUGACACUGAGAUUGUCUAUUCUGGUGUCAAGCUGCCGAUUCGCGUGCCGAUGACAGUGUAUCCUGAGGAGAUAAGCGACUUUUCGUUGAUUCAGCUGCUAACAACGUUCGCUGGGUCCCUUCCCACGCCAUCUGGGAGCGGGCGCGUCAGCCACCCGCACCUGGACUCGAGCGGCCAGUACACGCACCCGAUAAUUCUGCUGAUGAACGGCCUGCUGACGCAGAAACGCGUCAUCUUCCUGGGACAUGGUAAGCCGGCCGGUGAAGUCGCUAAUUACGUGCUGGCGGCGGUUGCGCUGGGCAGCGGCGGUGGCGGCGUGCUGCGCGGCUUUGCCAACCGUGCCUUCCCGUACACCAACCUGACCAACCUCGACACGCUGCUGUCGUUCCCGGGGUACAUUGCCGGCUGGUGGGACCUGCUGUGCAAUAUCAACACAGGCAAAAUCACUGUCAGCCCUGCCUUGGCGCUACCGAAUGGCAGCACCGCGGGCCACAGCAAGUCGCAAACUGAUUCACUGCGACGCAGCCUGGACUCGGUCUCCCUGUCGCGCACCCGGUCGUUCUCGUCGCGCGAGGGAAAGCCCGACAAGUGGAACAACCUGGACACUGAGUUUAUUCCAGGACCUGCCAUCCGGUCCAAGGUCGAGAACUACGUGCGCCGGUUCAUGUCGCUGGUGCCGCUGUACGAGUUUGAGCAGCGCGGAACCACCAAGCUCGGUGACCCUGGCCUGAUCACCCACAAGGACAAGUCGUCCAUCAGUGGAUACAUCAUCUCGGCCGGCGACAAGGAGAGCCGCGAGCGCGAGAUCAGCUUCUACCAGAGCCGCAUCGAGGGCUUCAUUGGAACCCAGGCGUACCACAACGCCGUCACUGACUACCAGUCCAUGCAGGCUAGCAGCUUUAUCCGCGGCGUCGAUAUCGCCCACAUGGUGACCUGUCUGCGCAACUCGACCAACCUGGAUGUCAAUGAGGUAGAGGCCAUCUACAAGCACCUGGAUGAGCAGGUAGUGACCAACGAGCAGGUCACUGAGCUGCUGGCGUCGCUGCCGCAGAGCCAGGGCGGCCUACACCCGCUUGCAUACGGCUUCUACCACCCAUCGCCCAAGAUCCGCUACUACACCGUGCGGCUGUUUGAGAAGAUCGAGUGCAACCAGGCCGGUGCUCGGUACAUCCGAAGUACCAACUUCUUCCACCAAUGCGCCUUCAGUAACCUGCGUCACACCUUUACCGCCUAG